AUUCUAGAGACAAUCAGUCUUUGGAGGAGGAUCUAGGUAUAGAGAUCUGCAUGUCACUUCCUGGUCUGACCAUGGCCUGUACGGAAUUAUCACAAACAUUACAAGCAUUGUCAGAACGAGCCAAAGCUGGAACAGAGUUCAUACAACACAUCCGAGGCAUGUCAGAAAAAGUCCAUGGUAACUCAGUGGACUUUGAGGCAGUAGUGGUGGCACAAUGUGACGCUCUGAUCGAGGCCAUCAAGUAUCGCAAACAAGAACUUCUUGAGAGUGUGGCCCAGGAAAAGGACUUGAAGACCCGUGUACUUAAGGACCAGGUGUCACACUGCACAAGUCUGCUGCAACGCACCACAGGGUUACUGCACUUCUGUAUAGAGGUUCUAAAGGAGAGUGAUGCUGCCUCGUUCCUUCAGGUGUCCAGUGGAUUGCUGAGCAGGGUCUCUGUCGCAGAUGAAAACUUUAACAAGGAAAUGGAGUUCAUCCCUAGAAUUUCCCCGGAGUUUGAGCUCACUCUUGACAACAAAUCUGUUCUCCAUGCCAUACAAACUAUGAAUUUUUUCCAAAUGAAAGAGGGUGUCGUUGCGCCAAACAAACCUAUGAUCCUCCCAGGGAGCUGUAGUGCAGAGAACAACAGUGUGACCAUCGCCUGGCAACCACACAUCGGCAACGUUGUAGAGAAUUAUUCCCUGGAACUGGACGAUGGCAAUGGAGGGGACUUUAGGGUGGUGUAUGUUGGAAGAGAAACAAUCUGUACUGUCGAUGGUCUCCACUUCAACAGUACAUACUUCGCCCGUGUAAAGGCUAGCAACCAUGCUGGUGACAGUGAUUACAGUGAGCCAAUCAGUUUACAGACAGCAGAAGUUGCCUGGUUUCAGUUUGAUCCAUCUGCUUCACAUCCAGACAUCAUUUUUUCCAAUGAAAACUUGACUGCCACUUGUAACAGUUUUGACCACCGCGUCGUCCUUGGAAGUACAGGGUUCUCAAAAGGUGUCCACUACUGGGAGAUUGUCAUCGAUCGUUACGACAACCACACAGAUCCAGCUGUGGGCAUUGCACGAUUUGACAUUGACAAAAUGAUGAUGCUUGGAAAGGAUGACAAGGGCUGGGGUAUGUACAUUGAUGACAGCCGUAGCUGGUUCAUGCAUCAUGAUAGCCAUAAUGACCGAACAGAGGGUGGCAUCAAAUGUGGCAGUGUUAUAGGUGUCUUACUUGACCUUGACAAACGCAUGCUUAGUUACUUUGUUGAUGAAGAACCUCACGGACCCAUUGCUUUCACCAGUCUUCUUGGCGUCUUCUUCCCAGCAAUCAGCAUCAACAGAAAUGUGCAGGUGACACUGCGGACUGGUAUUGAACCCCCAGUCGAAAGUGACCACGAAGAAGAUUCCUCAUAGGUCAUCAAGAAUCUCGAAAACCUCAUGAUCUCCUUUCUCCGUCAAAAGUGCAUGUCCUGUGACAAAAUGUCUUUGAGGAAAAAUUUACCAGCUUUUAUCAAGGAAUCAAAGUUACCGUGCUACUUAAAAGAUUUCAGUUCAAUCCUUGAGUUCUGUGAUGGAUGUGUUGAUCAACCUAGGCCUUUGCUUGAACAUUACUACUAUGUUAUUACAUGCAGGAAAUAGAAGAUAUAUCAAAAAUAGAGAACAAGAAUCGUAGCAAUAACCAUCAGGUCUACAUUUAUUGUUCUACCAGACUUACUGACCUGUCAGAUGUGUACUGACAACAUGACAGAAUCAAAGGCAGGAGGUUUUAUGUAUGUGACCUGAAGACAUGAUGGCUACCUUGUUAGUGCUUAACUAGUAUAACACAAUAUUUCAUGAUAAAGGUAAAGGGAGAUAACUGCAAUAAGGAACAGCACAGACUUUUUGACUUAAAAUCAACAGUUUUCUUUCAACAAACAUUUUUCAGAUGAUUCAUUUUUAAUGUGUUUAUCUUUGCAGUAUUAGAAAUAUUCAUCACUAUGCAAAGACCUACACUCAGCAUUCAUGUACAUUAUUAAACAAACCAAAUUUUUUUCAUUUUUCUAGUCAACGUUUU